AUGGCAGCUGGAAUGUUGCCAGUGAAGCUAUUAGCACAGAGGUUGAGGGAACUUUCCAGUGAUGCUGUUAUUGGAAAAAUUAAGAAAUACGAGAUUCUUAAGGUCAGAAAUAAAAGGUGGGAUCGUUCCAGAGAUGUUCUUGUUAUCAAGAAGGAGUCGAGUGAUGGAGUUAUUGGUGCAGGCCACUUCGGGCCAAGUGCAAUGAGAGGAGUUCGUUGGGGUCCAAUGGUGGAGAGACGAUGGAUAACGCCAGUGUUGAUUCAGUCUUAG